AUGGACAAUGUCCGCGCUCUUUACAAAAAUGAUGUCGAUUUCGAGGCUCUUGCCUUGCAAUCUCCUGAGUUCGCUCAGCAUCUGAAACAAAAAAAACAUGUCGACUUCAAUGACCCUGCCACGGUCAGACAGUUGACUAUCAGUCUGCUGCAACGAGACUUUGGCCUCGAAGUGAAGCUGCCGGAGGAUCGGCUAUGCCCUCCAGUGCCAAAUAGAUUGAAUUAUAUCAUUUGGCUUCAAGAUCUUCUUGACUCUACAACCGGGUCUAUUGAUAGGAGGGUUGACAUGAAAAAAGAUCGAACGGGCCUCGAUAUGUAUGCUAUCACGGGCCAUGACUCUCGAACUCUGAGGCUAACGAAAAAUGGCUUCCAGUGGAACCGGAUGCUGCAGUAUCUAUCCUCUUUUAGGCUGCAAAACUCGACUGGGGUGGAAGUUUCUGGCGACCGCGCUCAAGAUAACGUGAAAUUGAAUGAGCUCGAAUCACGAAUUCGGAUUCUUCAAACAGACCCCAGCGAUUCCUUUUUCCCUCUAGCUAAGUUCCAAGAGCAACGCAUUGACUUUACAAUGUGCAAUCCGCCUUUUUAUGCAUCGCAAGAAGAAAUGGCUACAUCUGCGGAGGGGAAAGCACAAGCCCCCAACUCUACAUGUACGGGCGCUAAGGUGGAGAUGAUCACACCUGGUGGUGAAUCGGCCUUCGUGACACGCAUGAUUGACGACAGCCUUCAAACCCGAGACCAGAUUCAGUGGUACACCUCAAUGCUUGGCAAGUUGAGCAGUGUGACUGCAGUGGUCGAUACGCUGAUGAAGCGUGAAAACCGAAACUACGCGGUUACAGAGUUUGUCCAGGGUAAUAAAACAAAGCGAUGGGCCGUUGCUUGGUCAUGGAGUGACAUGCGACCCUCAAUGAGCAUCGCACGAGGAAUCCCAGGAUUUCCUAGGCAUUUGCUACCUUUCCCGUCCGAAUUUUCUUUUGACUUACCCGUGGAAACAACUUUUUCCAAUGUUGUCGAUGCCAUGAAUAAGGAUUUGAGCUCUCUAUCCUGGUCUUGGACCUGGGACAAAAACCUCAGUGCAGGUAUUGGGUUUGCGUCGGAAAGUGUCUGGUCUCGACAGGCGCGCCGCAAGGCAAAGCUCGCAGAACAACAAGGGUCAACGAGUAAGCCAGCGUCGAACUCGAAGGAAACAGAACUGGGGGUUCGAGUGCAGUUGAGCCUUGCCCGUGCAAAAGAUUCGGAAGCACACGAAAUCAAAGUCCUGAUUAGCUGGAUCCAAGGAACGGACCAUGUGCUAUUCGAGAGCUUCUGCGGAAUGUUGAAGAGGAAACUGGGAACCAGAUUGUGGGUCUUCCCGGACUCACUUCUGGACGCCGAGCGACCUCGGGCUUGUGACGUCCCUCGGAACAAGGGAAUUAAAACGGCGGGUAUCUCCUCAUCGCUCACAACUUUCAUCCACGCCAUCAUGUCGAAACUUUCCGCUAGUCUUAAGUCAUUGAUCAAUGCGCCUGCUGCUAGGCCAAACACAGUGCCAGCGCCCGCCAAUAUUGCAUCUAUCUACUCCAAGAUCCAGCAAACCGCCCAGGCCCAAAAUGUCUCCCAUCCAUCAUGGAUCGCGCUAUCGACCGCAGCUACAAUGACCAUGAACUCCCCCGAAUCCCUCGCCAUCCUCUACCAAGUGGCCAGCUCCACAUCCCCCAAUAAAGUCGAGACCGCCGAACUAAUGCGCGAAGUGGGAUUAAAGUGCAUAAGUUUUAACGGAAUCCCACGUUCAAUCAACUGCCUCAAUUCGUUUAAGGCUAGCCUCCCCGAAGCCGUUAGCACCGAGCUAUCACGAACACCCACUCGCGCCCCGAACCCCGCAAACAUUACCUCAAUCAGCGAACGAGGCCAAGCCCUAUGGGACUCAAUAUAUCGACCCUUUGAUAAGAAACUAUACAAUAAGCUUGCAGACUCACAUCCCGAUUUACCAGUCCAUAUCCUGCACAGUAACUACGGUGCUUUGCUUUCUGACCCCGCACGGACAACGGGUGCCUCGGCCGGUCGUGUUUUGACAUCUAUUGUGGCUGUGGCUUGUCUUCGCGCGCAGACUGGUGUUGGACCUCAGGUUCUUUCGCAUAUUUUUGGUCUUAGGAAGGCUAUUGAGGAUGGAAGCUGGGCUAGUGAUGUUGAGAGUGAGGAGGGUGCUCGCUGGUUGGCUAGUGAUGAGGGUAAUACUUGGAUUUUGAAUAGCGUGGAUGCUAUUGUUGAGAGUAUUAGCCAGGGUUCUGGAUCGAAUUUCGCGCCUGGAAAGGCUAAGCUGUAA